GACAGCGUGCCCACCUAAUGUGUACUUCCCGAACUGGGUGGCUGAGCCUGGUGACUGCGCAUGCGCAGACAGCCCUCGACCAAUGACGUCUCUUCUCGCGCGUGGGGUAUGAUCACCGACUUCACGACUCUUCGGUAUUCAGUGGGCGACUAGCAGCUCUCGGCUCGCCUGUUACGCUGACUGCGUGUUGACGAAACACUGGAUCGAUACCCGGAGCUGGUUAAAUUUUCCCCCGCGGAGUGCGAGGAUCGAUUCGGACAAAGUAGCCGGUACGGCACUCGCAGGACCUGGACUCUGGCACGCCUCCAGUCUCAUAGUUAGUUGUGGAGAGAUUUUCUAAAACCCAAGAGUAACCAUCCUGGGUUAGCAUCCGUCCCUUAGCUGUGGAAAAGACUUUGAAGGAUUGCAGCAUGGAGGAGGAAAGCAAUUCCACGGUUGUACCGACUUAUUUCGAUGCAGAUGGCGAGGAGGAAAAAGACGAGUUAUACGGUCACGAUGAUAACACGCGGACGAUAGCGAUCUCCGUGAUAUUCGUGGUGACUGUGAUCGGUAAUGGAUUGGUCCUCAACUGGCUGUUCGUGCAUCGCCGAGAACGCACGAGAAUACACGUGUACAUGACUUUCCUGGCUUUGGCCGACCUGAGUGUGGCCAUGAUACCGUUGUUGGUAUCUCUGAUCAUGACUCUCAAGGGUAACGUAUGGGAGGGUACGGACGCAGGGUGUCGAAUCCGUAUGUUGAUGGAGAGUAUGGCCCUGAUGGCCUCCAGUAACAUGGUGGUCGCCAUCGCGGUGGACCGCUACCACUCUGUCAUGUUCCCGCUCCGCAAACAGCUCUCGGAGUUGAAAGUCAUCCCGAUCGCCUUCGCUCUGGCCUUGCUCCUGUCGCUGCCGCAGCUCUACGUGUUCCGCAAGGAUGAUUUCAACGGCACCAGCCACUGUAAGACCAUCUUCAAGCCCGGCAACGACCCGUACCGCCAGGCGUACCUCAUCUACAUCGCUGCGGUGGUUUUCAUUAUCCCCUUCCUAGUCAUCAGUGUAGCCUACCUCCGCAUCGUGGCUAAGCUCUACAGCGACGGCAAGAAUCUCUUCCAGAGCAACUGGAAAAAGUCAACGCGGUGGAGGACAUUAAAAAUGACCUUUGUCAUAAUCGCGGCCUACGUGAUUUGCAACCUGCCGUAUUUUACCAUAGAACUGAUCCGAGCCAUUGCGGGCAGUGAUAGCGUUAACGUGGUAGCCUACAGUAUCUUCAGCGUGUUCGCUCCGUGUAGUAGCGCCUCCAACCCCUACACUUUCCUCUUCUUUAACGCGUGCCGGAAAUCCAGGAAUCGGAAGCAAGGCCAGGGGGCGACCACACAGACUGCCGUGUUGGAGCAGUCCACCACGCCUAGGCUGGGGCGAGAAGUCAAGGCAGUCGACUGCGCCUACAAGCCGGCCAGAUCCCCAGUCAAAACGGCCAUAUGACAACAACAGUCCGGGUACCGCUCCUCUGAAGCGAUAGAACUCAUGGAACAAAGACCGAACGCGGUACCUGACUAAAACUUGGCCUUUUCUUAUUCUCUCAUAAUAGUAGAUGUGAUAGAUCAUUAUUGUAUUCAGUGUAUAUUCAUCUUUGUCUUGUUUUUGACAGCUUCACUGUGAACGUGUCUUAAAAGUGCUUGAAUGUGUUCAACUCAACGAUGCUUCAAUUGCUUAAUAAAAACUCAUACAAAAUAUGAUAUGAUAAAACUUUUUCUCCCCUAUAAUUAUGUCGUAUAAUUUUGUAAAAUAUUCAAUGAAGAUAUGAAACUUUUCAUGCGACUCACGUGUAUUGUCUGAGCAGAAUAUCACUUGCACAUUAAUGUUCACAGUGGUAGCUAUACGUCAAUUUUGUUUUUAAUAAUGUAUAUAGCGACAAGCGAUAAUGGACAAGAAUAACAAUGAUCACAAUGCUAUAACUGAGCUUGAUUUUUAAGAAAAACAUGGUUCUGUAAUACAUGGUUCUUCUAGCUUCAAUGCUUAGAUUAUAAGAAGAUGUUGAUUAUAUCGACCGCGGUGUUUGCAAUGCAAGCUUUGACAGUAGAGCCAAACAUUCUGAACGUACAAUGUAGUUGUUCUGCCUUGCUGAAAAACUUAAUACCAUGCUGUUCCGUUGGCAAAUUGUCCGAACGGCACAUUAUGUAAAAUGGUAUUUGGAAGUUUUUUAUUGUGCAAAGACGGUUCGAGCAAUGAGAUAGGUGCUUAUACUCAAAGUCUCAGCCUACAUGCACCAUGACAUGGGCAGACUGCCAUCAAUGUGAUUAUACAGACAAACGCUCACCCGCCCGAAACACUUUUUGUGCAUGUGGGGCGUAUUCAAAUGUUGUGAAUUCAACAACCACUUCACGUUGAAUGCCUAAUGGAAAACGCCAUAUGUCCGCUGGCGAAACAUUCAUAUUUAACCACAGUGUAAAUAUUCAAAGUCCACAACAUGCAAUAAUUUCCCCUCCGACGAGCAGUGGAAAUAUUGCAUUUUUAACUUGUUUCGGAGACGGGUGUUGGCUUUCACGUCGAAACUGAGAGUCGACGUAUUUUAACGUCAGUGAAAUAUGAAUAUGAAUCAAUGACAUAUGGUAUAUUUAAUCAUUGAGCACAGUGAAACCUAAAACAGCGGAUGUUCAUAAACAAUCUACUUCAGAAGAUAAAAAAAAAGUGUACAUAAACCAGGGACAUUUUGAAGAUGUCAAAGUGAUGACUAAAAACAUGUUCUCGUUAGCUCAGGAAAAAAGUCGUCAUCCAUGCACAACCAAAGUCGUGAAAACGCUCAGCCAAUGACCAACGCCUACACAUGUUUCUGGUUAGGGACGCGAGAACAUGCCCUUGGGCAAGGCUAAGUUCAGACAGUUCUAGGAACAUAAGAGGGCGUCUUGGAAAUAAUGACGUCACAACGUGUAGCAAACCAAGUCAAUAAUUAUGUGCACGACUUCGUGGCUCUGCUUACCGUUAGCGAACAAUCCCCGCUUACUGUAUAGCAGAAAGUUCCGUGCUUACGGUAAGCGUAUGUCACGGUUGACUUAUGCGCUGCGUACAUCCCGUAACUGAGGAUUCUGCACUUGCAGAGGUUUUUUUCUGCUAGAGCUGUUAGCAAAGAAUGGUGAUCGUUAGCGCGGAAGUCCGUGGUUAGCAGAACCUUGACAUUGGGCCCUGUUCAACAAAAUGAAAGUACCUUUGCCACGAUGUUUUAAUGCGCGUUGCUGUCUUGAUAACAUACAUGCCUUGAAGAUUUUACAGACAAAACGUCGCGAGGCAGUGUGAUAUUUUUUUCCGAAGUUUUCAAUUGUAGUAAUACCUCGAAACUGUUUUUGCAAUGGAAAAUCCCUUACCAUUUGAAGGGUCACACGUAAAAGGUAAAUUGCUUUUGAAACCAUCAACCCUAAGACAUUGUAAAUAUUCUGACCGACUGAUACGAUCAAAAGACAAACGUUAACGACAGACACUGUACAGCUGACGUACCUUAAUUCCUGUCAUUGUGGUCUUAUCAAGAUAAUAAACAGGAAAGUCGUAAGAUUCCAGUCGCAGGUACGAAUCUACUCUUGUUUCAACUUCCUUGAAUGAUCAGGCUCAGAAAAUUGAAUAAUUACUCAACCUCCUUUAAAAUUGACUUGCUUGAGAGUAAACUGAUACCCAUCGCACCUUUCAUCUUAAAUAUUAAUCUCCUUCCAACACUCUGGUCGCGGACUUAAUAUGCACGAUCUCUCACGCGAUUGCAUUACCAAGGAAAAUAAUCGAGCAAGCCAAUCACUAUUGACCCCUCUCGCAGACUACGGCCCGCUGGGAAUUCCUUACGAACGAUGCCGCACCGCGUAGAGUUUCAGGGGCCCAUUCGCUCUCGGACUAUUUUUCUCUUCAGUGUUGUCCUCUCCGAGCAAUCUUGGCUACACUAUUGUAAUGUAAUAUGAUCCUGGACCAUUCCAUUUGUGCAUUAAACGGACAGGCCAUCAGGCCUCAGGCCAUUGGCCUUUCUCCUUUUUUCUUAACAACAAAUGUAAGGUGAAACAUUCAAUGCCAGAUCAUCAACCAUUGACUGUGAAAGUUCCUGUACACUUAUAUUUCAUUGAUGGCUUUUAGAGGCCUGCCUUCUUUAAGACUUGCUGUUGUCAGUUCUUAAGCAAUUGACAUGUCGUUCUGAUCCUGUCUAUUCGUUGAUAGCUUCCAAGUCAACAGGGACUUGUGUAGCCGGGAGAUGACAGUUUGGCCAGCUGCCUAUAAUUAAUGAAUUACUUGACCCAAUUGUCAAAUAUCCACUGGGGAAAAGUCCCUUGUAACAUUCUUAUUAACAGUGUCAAAGCCUUGAAUAAUUCUCUCGCUGUUUUGGCUUAGUUUUACACAGUUUUUACACAUCGAUACUAAACUAUAGCCUUUAGAAAAGAAAUAAAUCUUAUUGCUGAAACAUGAUCUAAAUAUUAUUCUGACCUUACAGAUACCUCGAUCUGUAAGAGAUGUUCAAUUCAUUCGCACUGAUAUAAAUACUGUCUAUUUGUGAUUAAUCACUGUUUGUAACGUAAGGACAUUCGGUGGUUGUGUAGCAACGGGGCAGGAAUGGUAAUACUCAAUACUUUCCCCGGAAGAAAGGCAAGAAAACAGAGCACAAACGAAAACAAAAAAUGGCGCUUCAGUUCCAUCAUUCGAAUUGUUUCAGUAUGUAAAAAGAAAGUAUUAAAUUCGAAAUUUUUGAUUUAGAAAACUUGAGGACUUAUCCAGCGAAUAGAACAUUUCUGAGAGACUCCUUGCAAAAAAAAUCCAGGAAAAAAAAAGAUAUACUUUGAUUUCGACGCCAAACUCUACGCAACAUUAAUGAAGACAGAUGAACGGACGGACGGACAAUCCGAUGCGACUGUAUAUUUUAGUUGAAUUUGUUUGAUUAUUGAAGAUUUAGUUUAAUUGCUGCACGGAUCUUGAUUCAAAAUUUCACAUUUUUUUCCAGACUUUGGAAUUCAUUAAAAAUGAUUAAAUAUGAACUGGUGUUGGUUAAGAUCCAGUGUUUUAAGAUGUGUCCUGAACUAUUGGAAAACGGGUGGAGAAACCUGCAUAAGAACUUGGAUGGCCUCCCGAACUGACGUUAAUCGUCAGAGUUUCCAUGGCAACAAAUUGGACGCAACCAUUUUUAUUCGGCCUAUUAAGCAACAAAACGUGCUUGAAACUACAUGUAGGCCUGUCUGUGUUUUUGUGUGUGUCAGCGUGCUUUAAUGUAAACAUUAAUUAUUAAACUUUUUCUGCAAGUGAAACUAAGUCAUUUAUUGUUAUCAUUGUAAACAAUAAUAAAAAAAAUGGAAUCCUAUCCAAGCAAUAUCCAUAUUUGAAUGACUUUAAUUUUAAUGAUUUUAAUGUGUCUAAUUUAAAUCCUGAUAUUCUCUGUCAAAUAAUAAUAGACCAUAAAACAAAAGAAUGUUCUUAACACUUAUUUCAGGUGUAUGUUGAUAAACAUUCAUGUUAUUGUAUAUAAUUCAAAUAAAUUAUAGACGACGUAAGUGUGAACACAUGUGGAGUAUGCUUGACAAGAUGGGACACAUUGUUACUGGCCCGUGUAUAUAAUUGCAUGAUGCAGAUAGAGAAGUUACAAAUAAAUGUUCAGUUUAUUUUUACACCGACGUAUUAUUAAGGAUUGGUACGAAACGGUAUUUCAACGGCGCAUCUUUUUUACACUGUAAAAAUUGCCCGGCGCAUUUUUGUUACACUGUAAAAAUUGCCCAAUGUUGGUCAACUCAUACCAACUGCCAACACUCUUGGGGAAAUCCUUUCCAAUAGUUUGUAAUUUUUUUACCCAAUGAGGUAACUUCAUACCAACAUGAUUUCACCCAACUUUUUGUUGUUGUACAGUGUAGAUUACAUUAAGUGUUUCAAUUUCUCCCCACUAGGGCAAGAUAAGAAGCAUUUAGUUCGAGAAACGAUCUUCUGUUUUGUUAAAUACCAAUACCUCUGGACAAGUGUGAACAAAAUAAUGGAACACAAAAUUUGUGCUUGAAUGUGCGUUACUUUAAAAAAAAUAGAGUUGAAUCCAGCUGUAUUGAUUUUUUUUGGAGGGGUAAAAGUAAGGAGUGUUCCAUUUUAUCCCGUGUCCCAUCUUGUCUCUGUUUACCAUAAGACGUAACGACAACAUAAUCUUAAAGCAAAGAACUGUAUAUUACCAAUGAAUGAAUAAACU